GGAGGGGUUGGUUUGUUGACAGGAAGUAUUAAAUACGGAGUCGGUCCAUAUUCCAAACUGUUGGUAGUUUACCUUCACAGCGGACCUCACAUUUGGGCACACUCCGGAGUAAUGUGGAGGUGAAUAAUGCGUUUUAAGAUCCACCUUAGGCAAAGAUGCAAUGGAGGUCGAUAGUAGUUGGUCUGGUCGUAUUGAGACUCUCUGUCAGCUGUGUGCUGUGGUUAGCCUUCGGACUGGGAUCCAAUGUUAGCUGGGGGUUCAACUUCCCCCUCGGCUUUAAUUUGCACAAAUUAGAUUUGUUAUUCAGGGAGGAAAAAGAAACCGAAGCGAGAGGUAACUCGUGGUCUCAACGAAUACGCGAGCAUGGAUAUGAGGAGACGACAUCCUGUAACAAGGCUGGAGUGCAGUCACCCAAGGGAUCCUACCUGAACCUCUUCGAUGCCAACAAGGACGAGUACGUACGGAGAUACAGCUCAUUCCCGGACACGCUGAGGGCGAAGAUGAAAGAGAUGGCCAAAGACAUGUUCUACUUCGGAUAUGACAAUUACAUGAAAUAUGCUUUUCCAGAGGACGAGCUGAAUCCCAUUGACUGUGAAGGGAGAGGUCCAGACGUGUUAAACCCGUCAAACAUCAACAUAAACGAUGUCUUGGGGAACUAUUCCCUCACACUCAUUGACACCUUGGAUACCCUGCUGGUGCUUGGCAAUGUGACAGAAUUCCACAGAGCCGUCAAACUGGUUAUAGAUACUGUGUCAUUUGACAAGGACUCGACUGUCCAGGUUUUUGAGGCAAACAUCAGGAUCUUGGGAAGCCUUAUUUCCGCACACAUUCUGUUGACUGACCCAAAGCAUCCGUUUGGCAAGGUGGACUUUGAAGGUUACGAUAAUGAGCUGCUGCACCUGGCCCAUGACUUGGCUGUCCGCCUGCUGCCAGCUUUCGAGAACACCAGCACAGGAAUUCCGUAUCCCAGGGUGAACCUGAAGAGUGGAGUUCCCCAUGACAGCAUCAAUGAGACGUGUACUGCAGGAGCUGGCUCCCUGCUGGUGGAGUUUGGGAUUCUGAGCCGCUUGAUUGGAGAUUCAACUUUCGAGUGGGUCGCUAGGCGAGCUGUCAGAGCCUUGUGGAGUCUGAGAAGCAACGAAACUGGUCUACUGGGCAAGUACAGCUUGGAACUCUUUAUCUCUACAGGAAAUGUCGUUAAUAUCCAAACAGGCAAGUGGGUGGGCAAGCAGAGUGGUCUUGGAGCUGGUAUGGACUCCUUCUAUGAAUAUUUGCUUAAAUCAUACAUCCUUUUUGGUGAGAAGGAGGACUUCCAGAUGUUUCAAGCUGCUUAUCAGAGCAUACAGAACCACCUGAGAAGAGGCCGAGAGUCAUGCAAUGAAGGGGAGGGUGACCCGCCUCUAUACGUCAAUGUGAACAUGUUCAGUGGUGAGAUAAUGAACACCUGGAUUGAUUCCCUCCAGGCCUUUUUCCCUGGGUUGCAGGUGCUGAAUGGUGAUGUAGAUAACGCCAUUUGCCUGCACGCCUUCUACUAUGCCAUAUGGAAGCGUUUUGGAGCUCUCCCAGAGCGAUACAACUGGCAGCUGCAGGCACCUGAUGUCCUCUUCUACCCUUUAAGACCAGAGCUGGUGGAGUCCACUUACCUUCUGUACCAGGCAACCAAAAAUCCUUUUUACUUGCAUGUUGGGAUGGAUAUUCUUCAGAGCCUUGAGAAAAAUGCCAAAGUCAGAUGUGGGUAUGCCACUCUCCACCAUGUUGUGGACAAAUCCAAAGAGGAUCGAAUGGAGAGCUUUUUCCUCAGUGAAACCUGCAAAUAUCUCUUCUUGCUCUUUGAUGAGGACAACCCUCUUCACAAAUCUGAUAACAAGUACAUCUUCACUACCGAGGGCCAUGUCGUGCCUAUAGACAAACGCUUCAGAGAGAAACAGUGGAGCGACUUGUUUCCAUGUGAGGAGGGAGCAUUGGCAACAACUGAGCAGUCACCUCUGAGCAAUACAAGUAAUUGCAUUAAGAUCCCAGAGGAGCAAAGGUUCGCUCUGCCAUUAAAGAGUGUCUACAUGAGGCAGAUUGAUCAUAUGGUGGGACUUUUUUAAGUAAGAUGAUAAAAUGGGGAUACUGUCUUAAAAAGAAAUGCGGUGACCACCUUCAAGUUCUGAAGCAAUGAUCUCAUAGAACUGCUAUAGGUCAGAACUGUCCCACAUGUUCUGCUACUCUGGAGUCAGCCAAGAAACUGAGCACAAAUCGACUACGUGCUGUAUUACAUUUGAAGCGUGGGUGGGUAUUUUUGCUGUUUUAGUGGGUGAGCAUCAUAUCAGAGAUGACAACAACUCUCAUCUUGGAAUAUGAGGAAAGAUGCUUUCAUUUGAUGAAGUGAUUUUAGAUAAGUUUGUAUGGUCUUGUGGAGCAAAAAAAAAAAAAAGUUGGGUCAAACGUGUGUGUGUGUGUGAGUGAGUGAGCAUUUUUUAUUAACAGCUGAGCUGUGAAUCAAAACAACUAUCUCACAUUCAUGGGAACAGUGCCAUCUAGCCUCACAGAUAUGAAAGGCAUAUCCUAUAAAAACACAUUUGAAGAACAAAAUCUCUUCAUUAGUGCCUAAUUAUCAUUGAUUCACUUUAUUAUUAAGUGUUCUAACAUAAGGGCUGCACCUGAACAUUUAAAAAUGGUAACAUAAGCUCAUACAGUAAAACACCGCUCCAAAUGAGGGUGAUUUCCAUUGUGCCUGUAUAAACAUCUCUGUUCUUUUGAACAUCCAAAGGUGGUUGGUAAAUGUGUUGGAAGCUACUGUCCGUCUCUUUGAUUCAACCACUCACUUCUUCCCAUUGAAUAAAGAUGAUAAAGGCUUGUUUUCCUUUUAGAACCACAAAACACUAGGGCAAUGUAAGGGUCAACUGUGUCCUUCCUGUUCACGGUUAACACACAAAAAAAAAGGUGAUUAAACACAAUACUGUGGAAAUGAUUGUUGAUCUUACAGGCUUUUUUCUCUUGAUAUCUCAGACAGGUACCAUGACUCGAUGAGAGGGAGGUUAAGAAUGACUCUUUAAGUGCCUUCUAUUUGUCCUGGCCUCUUUGGAGUAUAUAUAAGUUGUGGAUAACAUUGUUUAAAUGUUUUGAGGCCACUGUUGAUGUUGCACAAAAUUGUCAUUCCAUGCAUGUGCAGUUUACACUGAUAACAAAAAGCUACUCUUUUUAGACAUAACAAACCAAGCCAUAAAAGAUGUUCUUUAGUGUUGGACUAUGUUUAAUAAGUGAAGACUUCUUUGUACUGUGUAUGAUUUGCUUUUGUUUUGAAGACAUAAUUUACAUGUUCUGUUUCUCAAGUGCACAUCAUACUUUUUAACUGCCAUCUGGUAAGAACUCAGGGUUUAAUUCAAAUAAAAAAAAAAUGAAUGACUGCUUUCAUAAGACAUCAAACUUUUUCAUAAUGUUGCCUUCUUAGUAUACCUUAAAAUGGAUUUCUGUAUGCAUGUUUCAAAUGUUGCAGGUUGGUUGUCUGCAAUCAAUCUAUCAGCACUGAUGUGCAGGAGUUAUACUGUGAAUAUUUGUUGGUUCACAUGGAUCGAAAAAGUGUUGGUGUGAUUAAUGUAAAGCUCCACUGAGGUAAACCUUUAACAACUCUACAUUGACUUUAUUGGUGGCUUUACUCAGCUGUAUCUUAAUUCUUUUCACUGCUCCUGUGCCAUAUUAAUGUUUACUAAUUUUGGUCCACAGCCAGAUAAGGUCUUCAAAAUUUUUUUUGAAGGUCAAGAUUUAUUCAUAUAUAUUUUUUUGAUUGAUUUUGUUUGUUAUUUCGAGAAUGAUAUGCAAAGGCAUUAAGGCAAUAAAGCCGUAAUUGCUGCCAAAUAUGCUUAGAAUAAAUAAACACAAAUUCUAGGGCUCCAAUGUUUUUUUGUUUUAUUUUGGAUAUGUGCCGUUUUUAUUAGUAAAUGGUGGCAGUUCGUUUGAGAUUAAUGGAUAUCUUUAAAUUACGAUGAAGCAGUUUGCAUAUAAAGCUGCUAUCCACCAUCAGUUACAGUGGCUUAGUUUAGCACAAAAACCUAAAUGGCGUUGUUCUGUUUCAAGUCUUGCUGACACACAAAGAUACUAAAAUCCAUAUAUAUAUAUAUAUAUAU